CUGGUGAUUUUUGCUCAAGAUGAAGUGAUUGAGAAGGAGCAGCGAAUACCUUCAUCUUGGAGACAGGACAACAUGGAUCAGCCACUAACUGUGAAUUCUCUGAAAAAGCUGGCUGCAAUGCCUGACCAUACAGAUGUUUCCCUCAGUCCGGAAGAGCGAGUCCGCGCCCUAAGCAAGCUGGGUUGUAACAUUACCAUCAGUGAAGAUAUCACUCCACGCCGCUACUUUCGAUCCGGAGUAGAAAUGGAGAGGAUGGCGUCCGUGUAUAUGGAAGAAGGAAACUUGGAAAAUGCCUAUGUUCUUUAUAAUAAAUUUAUAACUUUGUUUGUAGAAAAGCUUCCCAACCAUCGAGAUUACCAGCAGUGUGCAGUACCCGAAAAGCAGGAUAUUAUGAAGAAACUGAAGGAGGUUGCAUUCCCAAGAACAGAUGAAUUGAAAAAGGACCUUUUAAAGAAAUACAAUGUAGAAUACCAAGAAUAUCUGCAAAGCAAAAACAAAUAUAAAGCUGAAAUUCUCAAAAAACUGGAACAUCAGAGACUGAUAGAGGCGGAAAGGAAGCGGAUCGCUCAGAUGCGCCAGCAGCAGCUGGAAUCCGAGCAGUUUUUGUUUUUUGAAGAUCAGCUCAAGAAGCAAGAAUUAGCCCGGGGUCAGAUGCGCAGCCAGGAAACCCCAGCGCUGUCGGAGCAGAUUGAUGGGAGUGCUUUGUCCUGCUUCUCCACACACCAGAACAAUUCCCUGCUGAACGUGUUUGCAGAUCAGCCUAAUAAGAGUGAUGCAACCAAUUACGCUGGCCACUCUCCUCCCGUAAACAGGGCCUUAAAGCCAGCUGCGACUCUAAGUGCUGUGCAGAAUUUAGUGGUCGAAGGACUGCGAUUUGUUGUUUUAUCAAGAGAUCUUUGCCACAAAUUUCUGAUGCUGGCAGAAUCUAAUACAGUGAGAGGAAUAGAAACGUGUGGAAUACUCUGUGGAAAACUGACAUAUAAUGAGUUUACUAUUACCCACUUAAUUGUGCCAAAGCAGUCUGCAGGACCAGACUAUUGUGACGUGGAGAAUGUAGAAGAAUUAUUCAGUGUUCAGGACCAACACGAUCUCCUCACUCUGGGCUGGAUCCAUACACAUCCGACGCAAACUGCAUUCUUAUCCAGCGUUGAUCUUCACACGCACUGUUCCUAUCAGCUCAUGCUGCCGGAGGCCAUCGCCAUUGUCUGUUCACCGAGGCAUAAAGACACUGGCAUCUUCAGGCUCACCGAUGCUGGCAUGCUUGAAGUCUCCGCUUGUAAAAAGAAGGGCUUUCAUCCGCACACCAAGGACCCCAGGCUGUUCAGUGUCCCUUGACUGCAGAUGGAGGAGGAGUUUGGACCAGAUGAGUUUGAAGGCUCCUCCAGCAUGAACCAUCUGGGACUUACUACUGUUAUCGAAGCCAAAAGAAACGGAAAAGCGAGCAUCCAGGUGUAAAAAGACAGGCCUUUUAAACCUGAAGCUCAGACUGGCUGGGACCGACCCAGCUCUGUGGGCUGAAUGAGGCUCCAGUUCAUCUGUCCCACUUUUUUAUGUAGUUGCUGGGUCCACGCCAGCCUGAGAAUCUGAGGCCACCCUGGCUGCAGUGAAGGAGCCCUGAUUCCUGGAAGGGAACUGCCUGCGGGUAACAGAGAACCAAGUAUGAAUGUCAAUGUGGCCGCUCACGUGGCCCAGGGACACAAUUAGAAUCAGAGCCCCUCCCACACUAGGUCCCGCACUAGAAAUCUGUGCACGCUGAGGUGCCUACAGGCCUCCAUUUCGCCAUCUGCAAAACCCUCCCUGGUCUAUUAACCCGGUUAUCUAACAUCACUUUCUGCAUGGUCAUCAUUCCCAACUAUUUUUCACCAUUUCACAGGAACAGUAGCACCCAUCAGAAACGCAUCUUGCUGUGUGAGCACUUCCCAGGCACACAGAUGGUCCCCUGUAGGGGUGUAGACACCCAGAGCUCUUCCGAGGAGAAGGCCCUGCAACACGUACACUGAUUAUUCCCCAAGAUCAAAAGAUCAGGGGCCAGGGCCAGGCUCAGCCACAUCUAGCUGUGUGACCUUGGAACAAUCACCUCAUGUACUCGAGUCCUGAUUUCUUAAUUUAUUUAUCAAGAUAAUACUAGCUCCUGCUUCAUGGUGUUACGAUUGAAAGAGACAAUGCAUGUAAAAUACUUGGCCUGGUGCUUAACCACAGCAAGCACGGAAUUGACACUACAUGUAUUUAUUUGGCAGCUCAUCCAAACUGGAGACCUUGUCUGGCUGGUGGAAUGGAUGGUCUCCUGCUCCAAAGUCUUAUAGAUUCAGACAGGUCACAAUAAUGACAAUAAUAACUAUUCGUUGAAAAUUUAUUAUACCAGGUACCAGGAAAUACAUUUAGCAUUUGCCUCUUUAAUCUUUACGUCAAUUCUUUGAAAAAUGAUAGUACUAAUAUUACUCCCAACAUAUGGACAAGGAAACUGAGGCUCUGAGAAAUGAAGUGGAUUUUCUUUUUUCAAGUCACAUAGCUGAUAAGUGACAGAUCGCGUUUUCAAACCUCCAGAACCCAAAUUCCCCAUUUUAUAUAAUCCAGCAUUUUGAAAUGACUUCUCCUUAGAUGAUUUUAGCCUAAACAUGUCACCUUUUCAAUUAAGUCUUGAAAACGUCCUAUGGCUCUUGGAGCUAAGGGGCUAGUUCCUACAGUAAGGAUGUCAAUGCCAUCAAGAUGUCCCUAUCCUUGGGAAUCCUGGAAAGCUGUCAGCCUGUGAGUGGACUGUCAGUGGCCUUUUCUCUGCUGUCCUGCACAGCCCCUUUCAAACAGGACUCCCGCCAGGACCCAAAGUGCUGGGUCUUGGAGUAGAUAUCUACCUGAG